CUGCUUACGUUGAGUCUGGAAGUAGGUUUUGUUUCUGUUCAUCUCACAUCUUGUAGCUCUAUUCACUCCAUACUUCCCGAUCUACCCUAUCUUUGAGCCCUGUCUCCUUCGGCGACCGCCACAUUCGCGCCAUUUUGUCCUCAGACGCAACUAGUCAGGAUUCAAGGAGUCGUUAUUUCUCAGACUUCCUCUCUAUGUCAUCCCUCAGCUUGAGCUGUUCUAUACCUAAGUCGUUUGAUCGGAGAAAAUUCCGAAUAUAACCAAUCGGCGACUGACUCUCCUCCCAAAUAUACCUGUGUCCAAUAGAGGACUCACUCCUGCUAUUUCAUCAUUUUGUAGUUUCAUACCAUCUAUAUCCCUCACUAACGCGUGCAAAUGGAGCGCCGGACUCACAGUUCUAAUUCCAGAGCGAUAGCAUCAGAAAUGUCAAGGCUGCAGCAAGACCUCUUUGACAGCUCCCAUCACCACACCAUCGCAACAACGAACGGAGAUCAAGCAAACAUGAUACGUCGAAUAUUACCCAAAGGGAAGAAGCCAGAUAUUGGUAUCAUUGGUGCAGGCGUUGCUGGUCUGCGAUGUGCAGAUAUUCUUACCCAAUACGGAGCUAAAGUGACGAUUUUGGAGGGUCGGGAUCGAGUCGGCGGAAGGCUAUGCCAAAGCAAUAAACUGGGCCAUCUUGUCGAUCUUGGGCCAAAUUGGAUACACGGGACCGACGACAAUCCGAUGCUAGACUUGGCCAAAGAAACUGGAACAAUCACCAAUGAUUGGGAUGGCCGACAGGCUUACUUCGAUCACCUCGGCCACAAAGUGCCUGAGAAGGUAUCUGCGGAAGUCACCGAGUUGGUUUGGGGAGUGAUUGAAGAGGCGAUGCAGUAUAGCAAUGCUGAUGCUAAAAAAAUUCCCUCAAAAGACAGCUUGAUGGAUUUUUUCCACAAAAAGGUCAAGGACCUUUUCCAUGGAAAGAACGAAGACAACAAGAUCAGCGAAAAAGGAGAUAUGGUGCUGAAGAUGGCAGAAAUGUGGGGCGCUUUCAUCGGAAGCCCAAUCCAAAAGCAGAGUCUGAAAUUCCUCUGGCUUGAAGAAUGCAUUGAUGGGGAGAAUUUGUUCGUUUCCGAGACGUACCAUAAGGUGCUUUCUCGCAUUGCACAACCUGCGUUGGAUAAGGCUGAGAUUAAGUUCCGACACAAAGCGGCUCGGUUUGCUACAAAGGGGAUCGAUGGGGAACGUAAAGUUGAUGUCGAGAUGGUUGACGGAGGAACAAUAACAUUCGAUGAAGUCGUGGUGACAACACCGCUCGGAUGGCUGAAAACGAAUCGAGAUGCAUUCGUUCCAGGUCUCCCAACCCGGCUUGCAGCGGCUAUCGAUGCAAUAGGCUAUGGACAUCUGGAUAAGGUCUAUAUCAACUUUCCUUCCGCAUUCUGGGAUCAGCCUCCUCCGAAGACCGAAGAAGAUUAUGGGAUCUCCACAAACUCUCAUGCAUCGGUACCAAAUGUCACAGCAACUACUGCACCAUUACAUCAACCAUCAUCUGAAGCCAAAACUACCGCGAAGCACUAUCCAGGAUUCACACACUGGGCAGCACCGACUUACGCACACGAAACGAACCCUGACAAAUGGAAUCAAGAGUGUGUCAACCUUGCCGCACUUCCUGGAAAGACAGCGCACCCGACCCUACUCUAUUACACCUUUGGCCCGACAUCCCAGCAUAUCGCUACUAUACUGCGCACCAGCAGCUCUGAGUCGGCGGCUGAGGCGGCAAUCCUUAAAUUCCUUGAACCAUAUUACUCCCGCCUCCCGAACUACUCUGCCGAGUCGGCGGAAUGCACGCCGACUGCCAUGCUGGCCACUGGCUGGGCGAAUGACGAGCUUGCGGGUUAUGGCAGUUAUUGUAACUUCCAGGUGGGCUUGGAGCGUGGCGAUGAAGACAUUGAAGUGAUGCGCGAGGGAAUGCCGGAACGUGGAAUUUGGCUUGCCGGAGAGCAUACCGCUCCAUUCGUUGCGUUAGGAACCGUCACGGGUGCUUAUUGGGCAGGCGAAGGAGUUGCGAGAAGAAUUGCUAGCGCUUACGGUCUUGACAAGAUGGAAGGCGUUGGCAAAACGAGCAAUGGGUUUGCAAACUGAUGGCUAGAGGCACUACCGUAUGAGAUGGAGGGAGUUAGGCUAUGCAUCGAUGCGAACAUGACUAGGGUCUCCUCUUCUUCCUUUCGGCGUUCUUUUGCGUCGCAUUUCUAAAGCAUGUUGAUUCAUCGUCAGUCAGGUGGAUCGCCAUUUCGUCUUAUCGCAAUUCAUGGCGGUUUUGAGCAUUUUCUCUACUCCUUCAUAUGUGUAGACUCGCAACUUAAUCUCCACUCAAGACCUUCAUAUUGCUACCAUAGCCUCGGCUUGGACCGCUUUCCCCCU